CUUUCCAAUAAAUGCGCACCGCAGGUAACCAAGAGCCAGGAAAGAUGAGUGGAUCGAGGGUCAUUUUCUACUACGACGUUGUGUGCCCGUUCGCCUACAUGGCGAGUCGGCUGGUGGAGGCCAUGGCGCAGCGCACGGGCGCAGAUGUUGUCUGGAGACCUGUCCUUCUUGGUGAGCUCCGACACAGUUCGUCUCUCAGCCUCGCCAUCUCUCUCUUCUCCUACCCUCCACGCGACCUGCAGGCGGUAUGUACGACCUGAUAAAGGCGCCGCAGGGGAAAAGCGGUUCGGCGACACACACAAUGUCUCCUGCAAAACUAAAGAUGCAGGCAGAAGACCUGCGGAGGCAGCUGGCUCGGAGGGGAGUCCCCUACCGAGACCCCACCCACUUCCCCCAGAAGACGGUGUAUGCCAUGAGGAUACUGGCGGGGGUGAAGGACCAGCGGACGAGAAUAGCUCUAUCUCAUGACCUCUACAGAGCUCAUUUCUGUGAGGACAGGAACCUGGGAGACCCGAGUUGUCUGCGUGAGAUAGCCUCUGGUCACGGAGUAGAUGUGGAGGCUCUGGUUCAGUCCACGGCUGCCUCUCAGCAACUGAGACACAACACGACUGAGGUGGUGGAGAGGGGAGGCUUUGGGGUGCCCAGUUUCUACGUCAACGGUCGGUUGUUCUGGGGAACUGACAGGAUGUUUUUUGUCGAGCGAGCACUUGGGAUGAGGGGUGUGGCCCCAGAGAGGUUGACCACGCCUCCUAGCAGUGGAGGGGCUGCAAAACUCUCGUUCUACUUCGACUACUCCAGUCCGUGGGCCUACGUUGGGUUCAUGAGGCUAGGGAGCCUUGUGGAGAGUGUGGCACCUGUUCAGGUGAAUAUUGAGUAUGUUUCAAUCCUACUGGGAGCACUUUUUAAAGAGACCGGAACACCAUCGGUGCCACUCACAACCAUGUCCACCCAGAAGCAGACCUAUUACCAGCAGGACAUGGAGGACUGGUGUGACUUUGCUGGAGUGGAUCUCAACUUCCCCGACGUGUUUCCCAUCAGAUCAGUGCUUCCUCUGAGGGCCACUCUGGCCAGCCAGUGUGACCCUGCCAUCAUACAGACCCUCUAUCUGGCUGCCUGGAGAGACAAUAAGAACAUAGGAGACAGUGACGUGUGCCACCGUGUGCUCCAGGAGGCUGGGUUUGACGCAGACCGCCUUCUCUGCGAUGCCUCCAGCGAGCCCGUCAAGAAACAGCUCUUUGCCAACACAUCCAGGGCGGUGAGUGACGGAGUGUGCGGUACGCCGUCCUACCAGGUCAACAACAGAAAUAUGGUCAUCUGGGGACAAGACAAACAGAGUACAGUGGAAGACCUACUGUGUGGGUGGUCUGACAUAUCCACCGCUGCAAAACUCUGACCUCAAUAUUGAGUGAAUUUUUUUGAUCUUUGAUGUGAUUGGUUGGUUUGUGCGCGCGACAAUGUGUU